GUCUAAAAUAGUUUGGCAUACUCACUGUGUAUUUACUUCAGCAUAGCCCUUUCGAGUCUGUGGGUACGGUGUGUAGAAAGGCAGAAGUCAAGCUCUCAUCUGCAGUUGUUCAAGCAUUUCCCUUCUGCUUCAAAGUUCUUCUUCGUUUUUCUGUUUAGUUACCUUUAAUUCUCAAACAAAAUGGAUGCUAUCAAGAAGAAGAUGCAGGCCAUGAAGGUCGACAGGGAGAAUGCCCAGGACCUGGCCGAACAGAUGGAGCAAAAAUUGAAGGAUACAGAGACAGCCAAAGCAAAGUUGGAGGAGGACUUCAACGAUCUCCAGAAGAAGCUCACUACCACCGAAAACAACUUUGAUGUAGCCAACGAACAGUUGCAGGAGGCCAACGUCAAGCUUGAAAACUCAGAAAAACAGAUCACCCAGCUAGAGUCUGAUGUUGGUGCACUCCAGAGAAGACUCCAACUGUUGGAAGAAGACUUUGAACGAUCUGAAGAGAAGCUUCUUACAACUACAGAGAAAUUGGAAGAGGCAUCCAAAGCUGCAGAUGAGAGUGAGAGGUCCCGUCGUGUGUUAGAGAACAAAACAUUCCUUGAUGACAAUAGGAUAGAUGUCCUAGAACAAGCUCUAAAAGAGCGAGACUUGAUGGCUACGGAAACUGAGCGGAAGUACGAGGAGGCUUCGUCCAAAUUAAAAAUGAGUGAUCACAUCAGAGAUCAGUUAGAAGACCAAGUUGAGGAGCUUAGAGCCAAAAUAAAAAUGACAGAGGAAGAAUUCUAUCUUCAAUCUACUACCGUAAAAACUUUAGAAGCAAAAGACAACAAGGCUUCACAGAGAGAGGAUAGCUACGAGGAAACCAUCAGAGAUCUCACCAAAAACCUGAAGGAUGCUGAAAACAGGGCCACAGAAGCUGAGAGACAAGUAGUGAAACUUCAGAAAGAGGUGGACAGACUCGAAGAAGACUAUCGAAAGAAGACAGAGGAACUGAAGUGCAUUAAGGAAGACUUAGACAACACCCUUCACCAACUAGCUUCCUUCUAGACAGCAGCCUUACCUUAAUAUAGAUGACUACACAAUUUGAUAAGAUGAGCUGCUCGCAGAGAAGGAAAGAUACAAGCAAAUCAGUGACGAACUGGACCAGACCUUUGCCGAGAUUGCUGGUUACUAAAGUGUCGAACAAGGACAUAUUCCCCUCACCAAAUUUAUAUCAUAAAUUACGAGGAUAGACAGACAAAAAAAAAAAAGACUGUCAAAUGGAAAAAUAAUAUUACAUCAGCUUUGUACAGCUAUACAAAUCGUCGUGCAAGAAUUUGAAAAACGGAGAACCUGGCGUGUAGGAUCCAACAUUUCUUUCUCAAUGUGUGUAGUAAUGCAGACGAAGAAAUUCCAAAUUUAUGUAAAUUAUUAUAAGAAAUGCUAAUCUCUACGUGACCUUGCCGCGAUAUUGCGACCCAGAGCGGGAGUGAGAGACUAGAGAGUAAGGACGGAUGGGGUCGACCGGGUCUACUUUUUAACCUCUCUACUCUUCGUGUAAUUGUAUGUAUGUUAUUUUGUGAUCGGUUUCUUUUCGAACACCUGUCAGACUUCUGCAAAGCUACUACUUCUGGGGGGUAAAAUAAUGUUCAUUUCUAUAUUUAUAUACAGUGUAUAUAUAAGUUAAUACAUACAUGGAUUCAUAUUCGUUAUUUUAUUAUAUCAUGUUAUGACAUCGGAACACGACACACAGAAGACAGUUAUCCAUGCCUGGCGCAUUCUGUACUUGAGGCUCGGGAAGGCAAUGCUAGCGGCACAUAGUUACCAUUAAAGUAGUAGCUAAGCAGGGGUUUGUACCAGGGGUACAAAAACCGAUCGGGGUAAUGUUGCGAGAUAUGACAGUGGUGGAAAUUUGACAGCUUUAGAAAUGUAGAGUCGUUUAUUUUAGAAAAGAUACAAGUUAGUUGUAGAAAUGUAGUAGGACUGGCCAAUAGCUUGGUUAUAAUUAGUACAUCGUGUAGUCCUUUAGAGGCCGUCCACACCUGCCUCAACAUUCAGAAGUGACGACCAAGAAAUUCCAACGUUCAUUUUAGCCACCACACGAUUAUAUUUUUUUUUCUAUUUUUGUUUUAUAUAAAAAGACUAAAUGGCAAUAUCCAGACAACGCCAUUGUGAUAUUUUAGAAGAAAUACUAAAUGCUUUAAAUUUCCACGGCUUCUUGUCCUGCCCCUAUUUAAAUAAAGAAGGUGUAUGUACUUUGUCUUUGGAAUGAUUUAUUUUGCAUGUUGUUUGUGUAUAGAAGAAUGUGUUGUAUGGACUACAAACAAAAACUUAGCUGGCUAUAUUAUUAAUUGAAAAACGAAUUUAUACAUUUUCCUUCUACACAGAUUAUUUACCUUAUAUAUUAUACUUUUGAUUGAGAAUUGACUUUUCUCAUCUAUAAAAUAUCCUUAUUAUGAUACGAAAUUUUUACCACUGUAUACAUAUACUUGUGUAGACACAGAUAAAGAGGAAACUAUUGUAGGUGUACCAAUUUCGUGGACGUUGUUCAUGUAACAUUUGCCAUGUGACCAAGUCUGUUUAGCUGUACAGGAGGGAAAAGCGAGAAAUAUGUUUUGUCAUGUGACAACUGUAGACGGAGACUCCUAGUGUUCCUAAGACUUCAGCUUCCAUUGCAUUUCCCUGGAUAUUGCCAAUUUGUUUUAACCAACAAUAAACUUGUAUUGCUUACACA